GGAGUUUCAAAGGAUCGUGUACCUUACUCUAUUUAUAAAACCCUUAUUCCCACGAGCAAAGGAUCAUACUAGUGCCCCUUUUCAUUAUUGAUUCCGACGAAACUGAUCAUCAUCUUCUCUCCGAUCUAUAACAAUGUCUCACUCUGCCGUUUCUCAGGCUGCAGCCGUCUCUGUUUCAUUUGGUAACGAACGUUCUCUUACAAGAUCUGUCUUCAAGCAGAACAGUAGCUUAAGCUUCAACAGCAAGUCAUGGUCAUCUUCCUUUGCAUUGAACCAGAAAACAACUACCAUAAGAGAUGCAAAACGGUACACAAACACAGUGUUAUGCAUGUCGGUUCAACAAGCAAGUAGCUCCAAGGUUUCUGUCUCUCCGAUAGAGUUGGAAGACCCCAGUGAUCCUCCUUUGAACUUGUACAAACCCAAGGAUUCUUACACAGCUAAGAUUGUCUCCGUGGAGCGAGUCGUUGGUCCAAAAGCUCCAGGAGAAACUUGCCAUAUCGUGAUCGACCAUGACGGUAACCUUCCUUACUGGGAAGGACAGAGUUACGGUGUCAUCCCUCCCGGUGAGAACCCGAAGAAACCAGGAGCUCCACACAAUGUGCGUCUUUACUCUAUUGCAUCAACGAGGUAUGGAGAUUUCUUUGAUGGUAAAACAGCGAGUUUGUGUGUACGAAGAGCUGUUUAUUACGAUCCUGAGACUGGUAAAGAAGACCCUUCAAAGAACGGAGUCUGCAGUAACUUCCUAUGUGAUUCAAAACCUGGAGACAAGAUUCAAAUCACAGGUCCAUCCGGGAAGGUAAUGCUAUUACCAGAGAACGAUCCAAACGCUACGCACAUAAUGAUAGCCACAGGAACAGGAGUGGCUCCUUACAGAGGCUACCUACGUCGACUGUUCAUGGAAGACGUCCCAAAUUACAAGUUUGGGGGCUUAGCUUGGCUCUUCUUAGGCGUGGCCAACACCGACAGCCUUCUUUACGAUGAUGAGUUCAGUAAGUACUUGAAAGACCACCCGGAUAACUUUAGGUACGACAAGGCGUUGAGCAGAGAAGAGAAGAACAAGAAAGGUGGAAAGAUGUACGUGCAGGACAAGAUUGAAGAGUAUAGUGAUGAGAUCUUCAAGCUUCUUGAUAACGGAGCUCAUAUUUACUUCUGUGGGCUUAAAGGAAUGAUGCCUGGGAUUCAAGAUACGCUUAAGAGAGUUGCAGAGGAGAGAGGUGAGAGCUGGGACUUGAAGCUUUCUCAGCUUAGGAAGAACAAGCAGUGGCACGUUGAAGUCUAUUAAGCUUCAUUUACUUUCUCUUUUCACCCUGUUUACUGUUUUUUAUUUCAUUUUAAGCUUCUUAAUUAAAUAAUUGAAUUGAUGUGGUUCGACAUGAUAAUUGUUUGUUUUGAUACGAAAUAUUCUUCGGAAUAUUCUCAGAGAACGAACAAUGUACUGACAUGAGUCAUAUAAGAAUAAUCUUAUCUUAGCUUUUCAUGUGCUGCCAUAAACCCCAACCAAACGUUUGUAGAAUAUUACAAAGAUAUUCGAACCAGUCUAACCAAGAAAAAAUGUAGGUAAUUUUUUGUAUGAAUUUUAAAGAACC